UGGAGGUUCAGGCUCAGCGACAACGAUUGCCUUCGUGACGAAGAUUUUGAUGAUGAUGAUCCUAAUAGAGACAGUCCUUAUCGUCCUAGAUGGGAAGCGUUGUCUGAAGAAUCCACUCAACUGCUUCUACGAAAACUCGCACCUCGAGCUGUUUUCAAUGGUCAUACUCAUAGAGGAUGCAAGAAAAGAUGGACCCAGCCAAUGGGUGGAUUUUGGGAGUACACAGUCAAUUCGUUCUCGUGGCGCAAUGGAAAUCGUCCUACUUUCUUGAUGGCAACCAUCUCUGAAGAUAAUGUGCUGGUCGGAACAUGUCAUCUACCAAACGAGUCUACUGUAAUAAAUAUAUACUGCAUUAUGGCAGUAAUAACAGUUAUGUGGAUUGCACGAUCUCUACUAAUGGCACGAUAUCCUGGCCUGUUACGAAAAUUCCGAUCAAAUUCUGGGUCAGGCAAACUCAUCAAGUCUGGAUGA